AUGCGGAUCAAGCAACAGCAGCAGGCUAUUAUCGAUGCUCGAAAAAAAAACCAGCCAUCAACAUCUCGUGCAAAUGGCAGGGGCCGUCAAUCUGGCUUAACAUCCAUUCGAUCUGAUGUGUCGUCUUGGGCUUCGCUGUCCUCGUCUGUAGACCAUUUGAUUUCUCCAUAUGGCGAAUUCCCUAAUCGAGAGCUGCCACUUCCACGCGGUUUCAAUGAACAUCCCCGAACAGCUCAUCCUCUCUCUACUGGCACAUCUCGACACUUUCCUCCAGUGGCAUCACAUACAAAACCACCUGCGAAUAGUAGUAUAUCUGUGCCAUCUUCAUUAGCGAUACCUAGUUUUAAUCCAGCAACAGCCCCAGUCACAAGUACUGUAUCUGCCUCACAUCCAUCCCAGUAUGCAUCUCAGCAACAAUCAACGCCUUUAACAAACAAACCUCAUCUUCAUUCAGGGCCUUUGUCCACAUUACCUCUGUCCAUAUCACGAUCAGCUUUUACUAGUAUUUUUGAGUCUGUGUAUGAUCAACAUGAAAACCAAGCACGGUUACAAGCGACGCUUAAAGAACAGAUUCGCAAAUCAGCUACUCUGUUGCAAACGUUGCAAACCUCUGGUCAGAUGAUUGAGGGUCUUGUUCGUGGGCAUUUUAGAGAGAUGCAGUGCAAGUAUGGUGAAAAGUUUGGAGCUGCAUUGACGGACCUCAAUCGUCGAUUGGCUGCUGUUGAGGAAAAGGUGGGAUUGGGGUCUAUAAAUGGAUCUGAUGCGUUUACUGCUGGUGGUGCAUUGAAGUCUGCUCGCCCAUACGCUGGAGGAUCCAAUGGCACAUCGGGAGAUAAUGAGCAUGCACUUAUUUUGUCUGCUAUUUUAACCAGAUUAGAUACACUCGAGAAACGCACUCUUGAUUAA